CUAGAAUGUCGCAACAGUAUAGCUUGCGUUGGAAUAACCAUCAACCUAAUUUCAUAUCUAUGUUCACGACAUUGCUGAAUACACAAACCCUUGUAGAUGUCACAUUGGCAGCAGAAGGCAAGCAUUUAAAAGCACAUAAAGUGGUGUUGUCCGCUUGCAGUACUUAUUUUCAGGCUGUUUUAGUUGACAAUCCUUCAAGGCAUCCUAUUGUGAUUCUUAAAGAUGUGUCAUAUUCUGACCUUCGUACCAUGGUAGACUUUAUGUACUAUGGUGAAGUAAAUGUAACUGAGGAACAACUACCACAAGUACUUGAUACAGCAAAGCUCCUAAAAAUAAAAGGGCUCACAGAAAUGCCAGAUUCCACCUCUCUGACGCGGUCCCAGGGGACGACUGCAGACUUCCAGUCCCCGGGGGAUUCAAUAGAUUCCCAAAGACAUUCAGCUUCACCGGCAGCCUCGCCUUCCAACAAACGUAGAAGACGACGAAAGAGUUCAACUGGCUCAACAUCUUUGAACAUGGUACCAGAAGAAAAUAGAAAUGAUGACGCGGGACAGUCUGUUGAUUUAGUGCGGGGGGAUUCAAUAACUUUGAGCAGUGUUCCACAACAAAGACGCAUGAGGGAAUUCCAAGAUGAGCAAAUGGAUAAUGUACCACAGCCAACUGAUCAGCACAACCUGCACGUAGACCAGUUGUCAAUGGACAACAAUUCAGCUAUUAUUCCACAAGGAGGCCAAUGGAGUAUGAUGGAGCACACAUACCCCCGAUACUCGAACGCGUGCGUCGGCGGCGGCGGCGGUGGCGGUACCGGCACCGGCGGCGGCGGCUUGCAGCCGGACCACGGCAUAUACAUGAACAACGUCAUCAACCCACACAUGAACGACUCCGACAUGAACGACUACGGUCAGGGCCUCGGAGUGACUGGGCCCUCGCCUGGGCCGAGUUGCUUCCCAGAGGCACAGACGGCGCAAGAAGUGGUGCCGCAAACCCAGCCUAAACGACGUCGCACUACCAAUCCACAGUCCGAAGAGAACUUCCAAAGGGCACUCGAAGCCGUUCGUUUCGGUGGAAUCGGCUUCUGUAAAGCGGCACGCAUGUUUGGAGUAAACAAUAGGACACUAUGGCUCGAGUACAAGAAAAAGGGGUAUCCCAACAACCGGCCUAGUAUUAAAAACAGGAUAAAACGCGAACACACUACUCCGCCGCCCGAACCAAAAGAAGAAGUUCAGCAACCAGAGCAACAGAUGGCACUGAUAUGUCCUCCGCAUUCUGUACCAGUGGGUUUCAUAGAUUCCCGACCGAUAGAUUUCCCGCUGCAGGGGGUUUCCCAUCAUUCUCCUCUGAACAUUCUCGGGAUGAACUUUAAUUCGAUCCAAUAGAACGCGGCUUGCGGGGCGGUGGGAGACGAGUCAUACACGUUGUGACACGAGUGGCAGGGCGCGGAGAUGAGCGCGGCGCCCCUCGCGCCCUUAGCGCCUCUCGCGCCCUUAGCGCCCAUCGCGCCCCUGCCCGCCCCGCAGCGGCCCCAGCCCUGCUACGAUGUCUACAUGCACAUGUCUCUGUAAAUAUUGUUACCCUCGGCGUCCAGUAUUACUAUAUACAUUAACAUUUAUUAUAUAUGCAAGUGAAUGUGAUACUGGACUUUGUAAUGUCCACGAGACGGGCGUAUAUUUGCCAUAAUCAGUAAUUUAUGUUUAGAUCUCAGUAGCUAUUUAAGUUAUGAUAAUUUACAAAUAUUCAA